AUGGACCGUUUUGAACCUCCAACUUAUACUGCCGCCACUAGGCCAGGAAUAGAAGAGGACAUCAUCAAAAUUUUAGGUGCAAGUGGAUCAGGAUACAAGAAUUACGUCACUACCCUUGGAGAUAUCCAUGAUGGUCUAGCUAUUGACUUGAGCCAAUUCAAUUCAAUUGACACAACUGCCGAGACCGUCGCGGUUGGAGCCGGGGUGAAAAUAGACGAUAUCAUCGGCCACAUAUACAGCGCCGGCAUCCUGCUCCAAACCGGAAACGCUUUUGGCCCAGGGGUGAUUGGUGUGACGCUAGGCGGUGGCGUUGGUCGAUUAACGGGUGUCUAUGGCUUGAUGAUCGACGACCUGGCUUCGCAAGAUUCCAGCUCGAAUUUUCUUGGGAAAUCCGUCGCGCGCGCCAACUUCGGCAUCAUCACCUCGGCUCCGUGUAACCUUCAUCCGCUAUCCAACGAUGGGAAUAUCUUUACGGCCGACUUAAUAUUCCCGGCGAAUAUGACCUCUGACUUUUUCAAGACUGUGGAAUCACUGAACGGCAACAUGCCCGCCGAAAUGUCCGGCAUUGCAACAAUUAUAUACGACAAUUCCACCAACCAGACGCAACUAAUGACGAAUUGGGUAUAUGUGGGAACCGAAGGUGGCGCACGCACAGCCCUGGCACCAAUAUUUGACUUUGACCCUCCCUACUCCUCAGUCAGUGUCAUCCCUUGGAACCUACUCAUCAACAGUACAUUUAACGGCUUCGGCACCACCGUCUGCCAAGAAGGCUUCAUUCGGGAUAUGUACAGCGCCAACUUGAAGAAUUACAAUGCGUCAACGUUUGACACUAUUAUCGACAAGAUGUCUGGUUUCUUCGAUGAGUACCCUGGCGGACGCAGUAACGCACUUCAGUAUGAAAUAUAUCCGAACCAAGCCAUGGCGGUUGUUUCCGCGGACGAGACGGCCUGGCCGUGA